UGCAGAAUUAGCCCAGACGUUGAGUCCUGGGAGCGGCGCGUGGAGCAAACUCUGUUCCUCGCGCCGGAGCUGGGGACUCGCGCAGCGGAGGCCAUGGAUCACACCGGGAUACCGGGGGCGCAUCUGCAGGAGCACCCGCACGCGGAGCCCAUCAGCUUUGGCAUCGAGCAUAUCCUCAGUAUGGAGAGCUGCAUGCUGAGUGCGAGGAUGCACGAGCAGGACUACGGGCAUGGGGCCUACAACAACAGCGGUGCGAACGGUGGCGGCUACAUGUACGGUAACACCGGAUAUAACGGCACCAGCAGUGCGUGCGGGAUGGCUCCCAUUGGCUCGGCUUAUCACAUGAACGUGGGCGUGAAUGCAAACGGGACUAACGUUACUUCUGCCGGGCAUGGGGUCAUCCGGGUCCCUGCGCACCGGCCCCUGAGUUGCGGGAGCUCUGCGGGAUCCGCGCCGCCGGGUGCAGGGAACAUCAACCUGAGCGCCAUCACCUUCCCCUGGAUGGAGAGCAACCGCCGCUUCACCAAAGACAGAUUCACAGUGUCCCUGUCCCCUCUUACUGUCACCCGUCGCGUAGGUCACCCGUACCAAAACAGGACCCCUCCAAAAAAGAAGAAGCCGCGGACGUCGUUCAGCCGGCUGCAGGUGUGUGAGCUGGAGAAGCGCUUCCACCGGCAGAAGUACCUGGCGUCUGCGGAGCGGGCGGCGCUGGCCAAAACCCUGAAGAUGACCGACGCUCAAGUCAAGACCUGGUUCCAGAACAGGCGCACCAAAUGGAGGCGGCAGACGGCGGAGGAGCGCGAGGCUGAGCGGCAGCAGGCCAACCGGAUCCUCAUGCAGCUGCAACAGGAGGCCUUUCAGAAGACCAUCAACCAGCCAGUAACCCCGGACCCGCUGUGCCUGCAGAACAGCUCUCUGUACGCCCUGCAGAACCUGCAACCAUGGACCGAGAACACCGCCAAGAUCAGUAGCGUAUCGGCCUGCGAGUAGAGCCAGCUGCCGGCAGCGGACGGGGCUCUGCGCUCGUUACUAACGAAUGACUGCGGGCAGAGGCCCGGUCCGCAGCCGCUGAGGAGUUCACCUUCUCUGCAGGUCAGUCAUGCCUGUCCCUUCUCCGCCACUCUGCAGCCUCUGCUGCUCCCAGUCCAGCCUGCUUCGGCCCACUUCGGCCUAUACCAAGCCUUGCAGAGAUAAGGAAAUAUGUUGGAGACCUCGUGAUGAACAUUAUGCUCCCUGAAAUUGCACGAGAUGACAGACUGACUUCAGUGAUGAGUUGUAUUUGUAUAACUGUACAGGACUUGAUGUUUAAUAAUUAGCAUAUUUUCGUCUGUGAUCAUCAGCAAUAUUCACGGAACAACAAACCGUGGCAGCAACUGAUCAUUCAGGAAGAUCCACAGGCUUUGCAUUAAUAAAAGACAAAUAUUAUAUACACAAAUAAUGUUUAACCUUUAACCACCUCAUUAAAAAAAAGUGAUUAUGUUAUUGGUUUUUGACACUGUUGCGUUUGAGUGUGCAUAUUUGCGUGACUGUUUGACGGUCAUACAUUUUUGACACUGACGUUUUUUUUGUCACAAAAUGUUACAAAACAUUGACCUUAUUACCCUAUAUUCUCACGAGCUAGAGGGAAAUGUAGUUUUAGCAGCUCACUGAGGCUGAGCAAUGUUCGGAUCAUCCACAAGCAUGAAACACACAUACACAUAACAAAAGCUCUGCAUUAAAACAUGUCAGUAAGCCACGUGUCCCUUGUUUACAACAGAAUGCAGCUGAGUUCUCCUCAGAGAGAGGACCAGCCAGCAAACCUUCACCAUUAUCAGGCAGAUCAAGGGACAGCUUUUUGCACAUUCGCAUAACGUUCAACCUCAUUUGGAAAAACGAGAGCAAGCAGAAUAUUGACUGUUGUGACGUGAGUCGGAAACCUGCAGUAACAGAUGUCUACUUGGAGCUCUCCAUAUCAGAGUCAACAGAGCACCACUCGUUCCUCAUGUGUGUAUAGACUGCGGGUCCUGAAUGCUGUUUCCUCGUGUGUGCACCUCAAACUCAUCUGUUAUUGUUUUCAUUUUUGCUCAGACGUUACAUUAAACAUACUUUUGAUGGA